GAUGUGACGUCACACAGUCUUCCUGCCCUAACAAACAUGGCCGCGCACUGGAGCGUCGGUGUUGGAAGGAGUUUAUCUGUACUUUUAACUAGAUCGUAUCCUGUAUGCAGUUAUCAUGGGACAGGGCUCACCAGGCCACCCCUUCACAGAGUGACCAGACGUCCCAUUCCACAACAAACAGCCGCUGUGUUUAUCAGAAACAUGUUUAUUCAGACCCAAGACACUCCAAACCCACACAGCCUGAAGUUUCUUCCUGGUCGCGUGGUGCUGGAGUCAGGGACUUUGGACUUCCCUGGACCGAGAGAUGCUUACUGUUCACCCCUGGCAAGGCAGUUGUUCAGAAUAGAUGGAGUCAAGAGUGUCUUCUUCGGCCCUGACUUCAUAACCAUUACUAAGGCUGAUGGUCAGACAGAGUGGAAAGUGAUCAAACCGGACGUCUUCGCCACCAUCAUGGACUUCUUCACCUCCGGACUUCCUGUUGUCAAUGAGGCAGAUGCUCCACGUGCUGACACGGCUCCUUCUGAGGAUGACGAUGAGGUGGUGGCCAUGAUUAAAGAGCUGCUGGACACACGCAUAAGGCCCACGGUGCAGGAGGAUGGAGGUGACGUGUUGUACCGGGGGUUCGAGGAUGGCAUUGUAAAGCUGAAGCUGCAGGGUUCCUGCACCAGCUGUCCCAGCUCCAUCAUCACGCUAAAGAGCGGCAUCCAGAACAUGCUGCAGUUCUACGUUCCCGAGGUGGAAGGAGUCGAGCAGGUGAAGGAAGAGGAUGUGGAUGUCGAAAAGGAAGUCCAGUGACAUGAGUUUCGGUUGACUUCAUCCUUUCUUUCUAAUAAAUGACCUAGCACCCUU